UAUGCAAAUUACUAACAUAGGAGUACCAAUUCUUUGCCGAAAAUUCGGAAAUAUUAUCAACUUUUGUAAAAAAAAAGAAUUAAAAAUAAAAUUGCUGAUUAGUAACAAAAAUUAUAUUCAUUCCUCGUAAAUACAAUUAAAGUACAUUUAUGGUAACUAAACAGCAAUUGAAGCAAUACUUGUAGACGACAAAUUUGCAAUUCUGUGUUUUGUCAAUCAAGAAACAGUUGCUGCCUCGAAUUACGGGAAAAAUGAAAUAUCGUUGUGAAGCUUGCGGAACGACAUUUUCCGAACAAUCUUCACUUUGUCACUCUUGCACAAGUAAACACAAAGAUGAAAGGUGCCAAGAGACCUUUUCAAAUUUAAAAGAUUUAGAAACAUAUGUGAAAACGGCAAACAUUUCUGAAAGGCCUCCUUAUUAUUGCGAACUAUGUGAAAAAUAUUUUGUCGAAGAAAGCAAGUAUAAAUUGCAUUAUAAACUUUUACAUCUGAAAGGAAAAUAUACUUCAACACAAACUAUGCACGAACCUCAACUGCAAGCAGGACAAUCCUCAACACAAACUAUGCACGAACCUCAAGUACAAGCAGGACAAUUCUCAACACAAACUCUGCACGAACCUCGAGUGCAAACAGGACAAUCCUCAGCACAAACUCUGCACGAUCCUCAAGUGCAAGCAGGACAAUCCUCAACACAAACUAUGCACGAACCUCAAGUACAAGCAGGACAAUCCUCAACACAAACUAUGCACGAACCUCAAGUACAAGCAGGACAAUUCUCAACACAAUCUCUGCACGAACCUCAAGUGCAAGGAGAACCAUCCGCAACACAAACCCUUUUGGAACUAGCGAUGCAAGCAGAACUUUCGUCAACUCAAACCAUGAAUAAACCAUGUAUGAACACUCAAUCAACGCAAAACUGUGUGGUACCAGUGGUGCAAAUACAAACUUGCUCAAUGCAUACCGGUUUCGAACUAGCAAGGCAAGCCAGACUUUCCUCAACACAAACCCUUUUGGAACUAGCGAUGCAAGCGGGAAGUUCUUCAACACAAACUUUAGAUGAACAACGAAUGCAAACAGGACGUUUUUCAACGCAGCAUUUGCCUACAUUCUUUGCUUUGGUCCAAUCUUCUCCAACUCAAACCAUGCAGGCAUCACGGAUGCAAGCAGAACAUUCUUUAACUCAAGCCAUGCAGGAACCAUGAACGCAAGCAGGACCUUUUUCAACUCAACCUAUGCUCCCAUUCAUUGUUUUUUUCAAUGCUUCUGUAACUCAAAUCUUGAAUGAAAAAAAACAAAUAUGAGAAUAAAUAAACAAAAUGCAUGUCUAUAACACAA